AUGAAUGAUUAUGAAUCAAUAGAUAAGGAUUUACUCUCAUAUAUUUGCUCAUUCCUCAAACCAUUUGAGGAAGUAAUUGAACAAUUGAGUUCAGAUACAAAACCAACAAUAUAUAAAGUGUUGCCCUUCAAACAAUAUUUAUUAAAUCAAUGUAAAUUUCAUUCUGAUGAUCAUGAUGGAAUUCAACAGAUCAAAAUAUUUUUAGCUGAACUUAAUUUUCAAUCUACAAAUCCGAAAAGUCUUCUUUCACAAUGUUUUGAUGUACCAAAAAAUGACUUGAAAUUAUCGAUAACACCUUAUGAUGAAUUAGAAGAAUAUAUGGUGCUCAACGUUCAAUUAAAUGAAAACGAUCAUGUUUUGUUAUUUUGGUUACAACAUAAAUUGAAAUUUCCAAUGCUAUUUACUAUGGUACGAGAUUUUUAUGCUAUACCGGCAUCAAAUACAAUCAUUGAGCGACUGUUUUCAUCAUCAAAGAAUACAGUUACGGAUAAACGUACUACUCUUGGAGCAGAAAAAGUAAACAAUAGUUACGAAGCUGCUUCAACUGAAACGAAACGAAAGAUGAACUUUGAGUCAUCUUGCAGCACGCCAUGUGAUGAUCAAGAACAAUUAGCAACUGCAACAGUAAAAAAGAAGCCAAAGGUGAACAAAGAAAAUGACAUUCUUUGUUCAGAAGCUGAUAGAGAAAAUGGUGAAAUAGAUUGCUUUUAA